AUGGAUAAACCCAAGCUUCCUUCCAUUGAAAGUAUGCUGCAAGGUGCGACAGCAGCUACUCAUACGCGCGAUGACUGUGUGCCCUAUGCUGAGCAUCAACAGCCAGUAGGAAUGUCGAUGAGCGGCGGCGGCGGUGGUGGUGGUGGUCAUCGACGGCAUGUAUCAUUAUCCGACAACAUGCUAUCCACUACUACUACAUCAUAUCAUCCACGACUCGAAAUGGCUGUAGCUACGCAUGGAAUGCAAAAGUUGACACUCGCUCAACCUGCAGCGCCGAUUGAACCUCGUCUUGAUGAACCCUCUUUGCUUUUGACACCACCACCCCAACCUCGUCAUCAUCAACAACAACAACGAUCAUCAUCAUCGUCAUCAUCAAGAAAUACACACAUGCGAUCGUUUUCUGAUUUCUCGCAUCCCUAUCCAGAUGUCUCUUUUAUUCCUCCAUCAUCAUCAUCAUCAUCCAACAACAACAAUCAUUCUUCGCAUCGACGAGCCAUUUCAACCAAUUCAUUGGAUUUCAUACUACAACGUGGGCCGCUGCCGCCUUCUUCCAUGGCAGAGGAUGAACAUCCUGAUGAAGAGGAUGAGGAAGGGUUGGCAAACAAUAGCAGUGAUGACGAUCACCCUGCAUCCAUGGCAACCAUGAUGAUGACAACAACACCGACCACAUUGACCACAUCAUCCUCAGGCGGAUCCACAAAAUACCAUUGCCCUUAUUGCGACAAGGGAUUUUCACGUCCAUCCUCGUUACGUAUCCACACCUAUUCGCAUACAGGCGAAAAACCUUUUGUGUGUACUGAGCCAGGAUGUUCGAGGAAAUUCAGUGUGCAAAGCAACAUGCGUCGCCAUUUACGAGUACACGCCAAACGUGCUGUAUGGCCCGAUCAACAUCAUCAUCGUUUCAGCUUGGCAUCAUCAUCGACCACGAAUCAGCAACACCAACACGGCUAA